ACGCGCAGCCACAGGACCUCUGGGCCUGGCCUUCGGGGGCGCUCCCCGCCCCGGGCUUCCCCGCGGAAGGGAGUGGGGCGCGCGUACCCUGCCCAGGGGCAGGGUCCGACCUGGGCCGUGUGCAAAUGCCUGCUGCGCGGGCUCUUUGUGUGUCUGCGUGCGGCUCCGCGCCGCCGCGGGCACCAUUUUCUGCUUCGCUCAGGACAGGCACAUAAAAGGAAGGCGGCUGCCGCCCGUCGCCGUCCUCUUUUCCUCAGAUGCCCUCUGCUGCAGGUGUAGAGAGGAGAGAGUGAACAGGGAGCGGGGCUUUUGUCUGUUGGUCUCCCUGGACUGAAGAGAGGGAGAAUAGAAGCCCAAGACUAAGAUUCUCAAAAUGGUUUAUUACCCAGAACUCUUUGUCUGGGUCAGUCAAGAACCAUUUCCAAACAAGAACAUGGACGGAAGGCUUCCUAAGGGAAGACUUCCUGUCCCAAAGGAAGUGAACCGCAAGAAGAACGAUGAGACAAACGCUGCCUCCCUGACUCCACUGGGCAGCAGUGAACUCCGCUCCCCAAGAAUCAGUUACCUCCACUUUUUUUAAUCGUAACACCUCCAUUUGUAUUACAUAUGGUGUAUGGGUAUUGAUGAGGUCAUGGUAUCAUAUAUGGGAUUUUUUUCUGUGUAAAUCAUCAAGUAUAAGAAGAAACUAUGGGACUCUGAGCCUUGCUUUAGAGAAUUUACAGUGGACAAAUAGGUAUCAUCAAACCAGUUUUUAAUCAUUCUGACUCAAGUGAAAACGCUCAGAAUUUCACACUGUGAAUCCACGUUUACAACCCUUACAGGUGGGCCUUCAGGCCUGGUUCGCUACAACAAUGUCUUCCACAACUCAAACUCCCACCGCGCUCACACAACCGGUCCACUCCUGCCUUUUCACUCACACAGCUCCCGACUGCUUCUUGCAGAGGCUGAGAGUCCCCCCUUUUUUUUUCAUUUAGAUGUAACAAACCUAGUAGUUUAUGUUCAUCAAUUGUCUGUAUAUCUCUAUAUUUUAUCCAUGUACUCUUUUGAUGUAUAGAAGUAGUUUGAAACUCAUUGUUUCCUUGUGGUAAGUGACCGAGAUGCUGCCACAGGACCUGAGACACUGAUGAAUGGUGCUAUUUUGGACUUUCAACAUGCUCCUUGGCGAGGUAGCUCUGAUGGAGUUAUUUUUUAUUUCCAUGUUCUAAGAAGGUGUUGGUACUCUGUUUCCCUGAAUGUUGUUCUCUAGACUGGAUUGACUUGUAUUCCUUGUGUCUUCAGUGUGGCUUUCUUCCUCAGUGUUGUAGGUUGAGCGAAUGCUACCAGAGUGUGAGAGACGAUUGUCUCGUUGACUGGCACUCACAGACAUGCAGUCACGGUAGCGGGAGCAAUCACAAAACUGUAAUUUACUUACCAAAUCUCUUCCUUUCCGUAGCCUCGCCUGCCUGACUUAGAGAAAGAAAAGCAAUAAUUUUACAGGCAUUUUGAGGUGUCUCUUUGGGUUCUUUCUGUUUGAAAGGAUACUUGUGGGAAAAAAGAGCAAAACCUUUUUAAAUAAAUUCCCCCCUGAAAAAAAACCCAAAACACUGGCAUCUGAGUAGGAAUAUGAAAAUGACACCUUUUCCAAAUAUUAAAUUGGAAAACAAUGUCUUUACAAAAUCAUAAUGCUUUUUUAAAAGGCAGAGCACUCUUUUUUUGGCAAUUUUGAUAAGCAAGGUGUAGAUUUACAUUUUUGUCCUUGCUCCCAACGAAAUGGAUAAACAAAAAUAAAAUACCAUCUACUCAUGGAAUGUUGUUGUGUUAGCCAGUCUGAAAGCCCACCUUAAUUUUUAUAUAACUGUCUUUUAGCUCUUCUUUUGACAGGGCAGGCCUUGUUCUGAACUGUUUCGCUUCUGACUGUUAAACACCGAUGACGCAUGCACUGCACUUCUUCGUUUUCUUCUUGCUCCCCCAUUGGCCUGAGUUUCUUGUGCAUUCCUCCUCUCCCUCCUUCGUUAGACUAGGUAUAUCAGCUGUGUAAAUAGAGCAAGAAAACAGUAUUCUGCAUCUGUGGCAUUUAUGUAGAGUUGCAGUUGUGUACUGCUGAAAAUGCAGGCUUUUGUAACAAUGUGAUCUUUACUGAUGCACUCAUGACAAGUACCCAAUGUAUUUUAGCUAUUUUAGUAGUAUUUGUUCAAUAAAUAUGCAAGCUGUAAGGUAA